AGGUAGUUGUCUGAAGAGAGUAUUUAAGACGACCCUCAGCCUCUACUCCUCACAUCACUCCUGUCAACUAACAUUGCUCUCUUUGACUCAAGCUGAUCUUUCUUGCUGGACUUGUUACAGCUCCUUUCCAUCAUCUCCACCACAAGGAUCAAGAUUCUUUCAAGCAUUAGUGUAAUCUCGACCAAAGAAGGAAGCAACAAUGUCCAGCAUCAUGAAAGUGUUUCUGCUCCUGGCUGUCAUCGUCUGCAUCUCUAAAGCCCAACGCAAUGACUCAGGACAGUGUCUGUGUCAACAUGUCAGAAAUAGAAUUAGCUCGCCAGUAAAGGACAUCCAGAUCUACCCAGCAACCAUAUUCUGUGGCAAAGUGGAGAUUGUUGUCACCCUCAACAGCGGCCUUCGCUUUUGCCUGAACCCCAAGAUGGCAGCAGUGCAAAGAGUCAUGGCUUCCAUCAUGAAAUCAAAAACCUCUACUACAGUCAGAUCAACUAUGCCCGCUUCCACCCCAGGCAGCACCAACACAGCUCACCUCUGACUCUUUAACUCCUUGGAUCAAUAAAAGCUCAGAUGUCCUCUGACCCCGCCCCUCCAGCUGAACAAAUGCACCUUCAAUGAAUGUAGAUGUGAAAUGAAUGAAACUGUUUGUCUAUUUAUCUUUUAUUUAUACUUAUGUGCACUUAGAGUAUAUUUCUCUUAUUCUAUUUGUUUCCCUUUUAUCUGUUUUUAUAAGUUGAUGUAUGUGAUGUCAUUGAACCAAGUUUUCUGGUAAUUUCAGUGUUUUUUUAAAAUAAUAAUAAAAAGUUCAGGUUGA